AUGGCGAUGGCGGAGGAGGAGGAGGUGCUCCGGUUGCCGACGUACGCAAGGAAGACCGGUGCUGAGAGACGGAGGGGAGAGGAGCAGAGGAGAUGGAGAGGACAAGGACUUGCGUUUUGUGGGCAUGAUGAAUCUGAAAAUUCAAGUAACAAAGGAAAUUUUCUUGAACUUCUCAAUUUUCUUGCUGAUCAUAAUGAUGAUGUCAAAGUGGUUGCAUUGAGUAAUGCUCCACAAAAUCUCAAGUUGACAUCUUCUGAUAUUCAAAAAGACAUUGUAGAUGUGACUGCAUUUGAAACUAUCAAUGUGAUUAUUAGAGAUAUUGCUGAUGCACUUUUUGCCAUUUUGAUUAAUGAAGCUUGUGACAUAUCAAUCAAGGAGCAAAUGGCAGUUGUAAUACGAUAUGUUGACAAAAAAGGCCAAGUGAUUGAGCGCUUUUUGGGUAUUGAGCAUGUUGCUAAUACGAAUGCUCUCUCACUCAAGCAAGCUAUGAAAAAUUUAUUCUCCAAAUUUGGAUUGAGUAUUUCUAAAUUGCGGGGUCAAGGAUAUGAUGGGGCUACCAUGGCAAAGAAUCAUGAUCAAAUUUCUUUACUUUGCACUUUGGUUUCCAAUGUGGUGAAUAUUGUUGGAGUAUCAUGUAAAUGCCUAGAUAUUGUUAGAGACAAGCAAGCUGCAAAAGUUGCUCAAGCACGUAAUAUUGGAGAGCUAUCAAGUAGGCAAGGCUUAAAUCAAGAAACUAAUCGUAAACGUGCUGGUGAUACACGUUGGGGUUCACACUAUGGUACUUUAGUCAGCUUGGCUGGAAUGUUGUCAACAUUGAUUGAUGUUUUUGAAAUGAUUUCGGAGGAUGGUUCAAAUUCAAAACAACGAGCAGAAGCAAAUGCAUUGUUGGACUUAAUUUAA